AGGUAAAACAAAAAAGCUCCCGGGCCCUUAUUAUGCUUGAUACGCUUAUGUGAAAUCAAUUGUGAAUAGAAUGAUGAAAGUCUUUAAGAAUUAAAUUCAUAAUCAGUUUGUUGAUUCUUCAUAAUAAAAUAAAAAGUUUACAGAAUCCUUAAAAUAACACCUAAAGGAAAUCACUAUAAGGAGAUCGAAAAUUCUAGUGCCAGCAUUAUGUCACAAAAUUUCAACGUAAACAAACGCUAGUUUAUUUUUUAUUUAUAUGUAUUUUUGCAACUGAAAAUUUGGUAGGACCAAGUGACAAAGAAUCAGCUUUCCCACAGAGAAUCAUUACAAUGGAUGACGACGAAUGGUAUGUUCCUCCAGUUAAACACUAUAAAUUGGCAUUAUAUCCGCACUGUGAUACUCGCCAAAUUAGUGAAAGAAGGAAAAGAGUUUGGGAAAAAGCUUUUGAACAAUUGAGUGAAGCAAAGGAAAAUUCACCUUUUGAUCCAAGUGUGCAGCAACAUUCUAGCAAAAAAAAUGUAGAGGUUCCAGUUUUGGAUGAAAAUGGCCAAUUCCAGACAUAUGAUUACUUCAAUGAUAAUGAAAUUAAUAACGAAGAGGACAGCGAAGAUGACAUUACAUUUUCAGAACACCUAAGAGAAGGGGCAACCGAGCAUCCUAAUUUAAACAAAUCUUCUAAUUUCAUCGAUAACGGACCAAAAUUUAAAAAUCUUAACUUAACCAACUACAAAUUAUCAAAAAUUUUCGAUCCACCACCUCAUGUAACAACUUAUAAUUUUUAUUGCAAUAACUGUUUUGAAAAAGUAGUGCAUUCGUCUUCGAAAUUAGAAAUCAAAGGUCAAUCAUCUAUUUGUGAGCAUUGUAAAAGUAAUAUACUUAUUAAGCUAAGUAAUCCGAAUUAUUUUGUCAUUAAUAACUUAGAAUAUCAAAUGCAAACACUGCUUAAAAAUAAAGAAAUCUUACAGCAUUUCAUCGAUAAUUCUACGAAAGAAACUUGCAAUAUUGAUAGCAGUACAAUAAGUGACGUAAACAGCAGUGUUCUGUAUCAACGCACUAUUGAAAAAUAUUCAGCAACAUUUACAUAUACCAUUAGCACAGACGGUGCACCUGUUUUCCAUGUUUCUAAAAAAAUUAUUUUGGCCACUUCAAAUCAUUUUUAACGAUUUACCUGUAAAGCUACGCUUCAAAUUUGUUUUGUUAGCUGGAAUUAUGAUACAAAACGGAAUUCAAAGAAAUUCAUUUUGAUGAAAAAAUUAGUCUAGACAAGGAAUACAGCGGAAUUGGACAGAAACGGAAUUCAAAAGAAUUCAAUUAAUGUCUUUCUUCUGUUGAACGGUCUAACUUCUGAAUUCUUUUUUAUUCCAUGCUUCUUACUGGGUUUAAACACGCAGAAUCAGCAUUGUCAAACUGUGACAGAAAUGACGAAUCAAUAGAUGUCAGAUAUACAUAAUGGCCCGAAAAAUUUGCCUUCUUAAAAUUAAACUUUAAUUUUACUUGAUCCUGGCUGGUAUUAAAAAUAGAUGGCAAAAAUUUAUGUGUCGAAGGGAUUGUAGCUUCGAUACAGAGAGCCGGGUGGUGCAUAUCCUCUUUUACUAAUGGAUAUGUAGCUUUAGAAGUAAUACAUUUAACAUCGGAGCAAACUAAAUCUAAAAUUCUUUAAAAAAAUUAGGAAUAAAGUUGCAUUGUUUUAAAUUCAAAGAAGAUAAAAAAUUUGUUAAAACCGUAGAUUUAGUGUUACAUGAUGUUAAGUGACAAUAAAAGUCUCUAAUAAAUAUUACAUUUUUAUUAUAAAAAAUUUGGUAUUCUUGUAAAUCAGAAAAAAGGACGUAAAGGAGAAUAUUGGAAUGUCAGGUGGAAUAUAAACAGCUAUAAACAAAAAAGAUAGCGUAUUUUUUGUU